CAAAGCUUCCCCCCAGGGAGGAAGGGCAGGGGCGGGGCGGCCGCGAAGGCCCAGGAUAUAAGAGGCGGAGGCUGCCUUUGGGGACCAGCCAGCCCACCAUGCACGCCCACCGACUGUGGUUGUUCCUCUUGCACGCCAGGUGGGCUCUCCUCCAGGCGGGCGCCGCGAUGGUGGCCCCGGUGCCCCUUCGGCCGUGGGGACAGCCCUCGUCGCCAUCCCCCCUCGCUUAUAUGCUGAGCCUAUACCGCGAACCCCGGCCCCGGGCGGACAUCAUCCGUAGCCUGCAGGCGCAAGAUAUGCAGGUGGAUGGGCAGAACUGGACCUUUGCUUUUGACUUCUCCUUCCUGAGCCAAGAAGAAGAUCUGGAGUGGGCCGAACUCCGGCUGCAGCUGUCCAGCCCCGCGGCCCUUCCUCCCAACAUCCCACUCUCCAUCGAGAUUUUCCACCAGCAGAAGCUGGAUAAGAACCCACCUGACUGCCUGGAACGUUUUCGGAUGGACCUGUUCACUGUCACUCUGUCCCAGGUUACCUUCUCCUCGGGCAGCAUGGUCCUAGAGGUGACCGGGCCACUCUCCAAGUGGCUGAAGCACCCGGGGGGACUGAGGGAGAAGAUGUCCAGCUUGGCUGGAGAGUGCUGGCGGCGGCCUCCCACCCCACCUGUCACCGACGUGCUCCUCCUGCUCCAUUCCAACCUCUCCCCGGAGCAGAGGCGGCUGGGUGGCUCCACCCUGCUGUGGGAAGCGGAGAGCUCCUGGCGGGCCCAGGAAGGACAGCUCUCCCGGGAGAGGGGCACGAGGCACCGCCGGUAUCACGUGCAGGACAGAAGCCAACUGUGUCGGAAGGUCAAGUUCCAGGUGGACUUCAACCUGAUCGGAUGGGGCUCCUGGAUCAUCUACCCCAAGCAGUACAAUGCCUAUCGCUGCGAGGGCGAGUGUCCUAACCCCGUGGGGGAAGAGUUCCACCCGACCAACCAUGCCUACAUCCAGAGUCUCCUGAAGCGGUACCAACCCCACAGAGUCCCUUCCACCUGCUGUGCCCCAGUGAAGACCAAGCCCUUGAGUAUGCUGUAUGUGGACAAUGGCAGAGUGCUUCUAGACCAUCAUAAAGACAUGAUUGUGGAGGAAUGUGGGUGCCUUUGAGGAGCUCCUGCAGGUGUGUUGUAUUUGCCUGUACCCUGGAAGGUUGGGAAGCUCCUGGAAGACCUAGCAACCAUCUAAUCUAAUGAGGAGAGACACAGAGGGGGGAAAAGUUGCUCUGUCCACCAGACCGGAGGAGGGAUGGCUGCCGCUGUGUCCAUGAAGUCUCUGUGGAGUCCGGGUGAGCACAGAGGAGAGGGAGGAGGAAGCCUGUGCAACAGCCUUGCUGGGCUUUCUCUCUGCUGAACAGAUAGUGACGCGUGAGGGCACUAGUGCAGGAGUCCUUUAGCGGAUUUUUUUCAACCUCUGAACCCUCAGAAAUUGUAUGCAAGAGUUGAAGCAUAUAUGCAUGUAUUUUUGAGGUGGAACAAGUUGUUUGUACCUUUUGUGUAUUCUCAAACAUAGCCUUUGACAUACACCCACCCUCACCACCCAAAUAUUAAGUAUCACUAUGUAAAAUUAAAAAGAGUCCAUUGGCUCUGGUUGCCUCAGGCUGGGUCAGGGAACCCCUGCAGCUUUCUGGCUGGCCUGUAGCAAUCUUGUCCAGAGGCUCUCUGGAGUGGAUCUCUGCUAAUGAGUUAUACAAACAAUAAAGCCAUUGUAUAGUCUUCCUAGGCCAGCUGGUGCCUUUGAAGGGCGAGGCAGGAACUCGUCCAAGAGAACUGGCCCCGUUGGACUACAGAAGCUGGAGCCCUGGGAUGUUCCCAAGUUAGUCUGCUUCGGCAGG